CCAUAAUAUAUACGGCAACUACGUAUCUAAUCUGGUAAUGAAUUUCACAUUAUUACUCAUAUUUUUGUGUUCAGACGUGGCCAAAGAUUGCGCUUGAAAGCAAAGGUAAUUUUUGGCUCAGUUCUGCAACGAUCGCUUCGGAAAUGAGUUCAUCCAAUAUACUGGAGCUCUACGACGACUGUCUGAAUUACAUCUUCGAUCUUUUGCCGACGCAAGAUCGGAUAAGUUUCGCACAAGUUUGCACUCGAUUUCGUCAUAUAUUUGUUAGUCAGUGUGGCAGCAGGUACCGCGAAUAUACGCUCGAUGACAAUAGUUCAAGGGAGCAGUUAAUCGAGUUUUGUACGUGCCGCGAGGUGGUGCAAACAUUUACAAUAGAUCUGGAUCUUUUUGACAAUACGAUAAAUACCAUUGCUCCCACCACCCACUACGACAUACUCCUCUCUGCAUUGAAGGGAAUGCAUCAGCUGGAGUAUUUGACUGUGAAGCAGGUCAAAAUACUCGUCACAAUCAUUGAUAGGCCCUUCGAUCAAAUUCUAUCCGCAGUAAGACAGUUGGAAGGGCUGAGGAGAUUGGAAAUUCAAGCAAUAUUUGACUGCAGCGUAGAACGUCUGAGCGAGCUACAGCAUCUCGAAGAACUCCACUUGCACAUACCACAGAUUGCGUCCCCUACUCUGGUCAAAUGCUGCAAGUCCAACUCCAGCCUUCGCAGUCUCCAUCUCGGCUAUGGCUGUGUACAGAGGAACUUGUGCGAUAUUGUUCCUCACUGCAAGAAUCUGGAGGUGUUCAAGUUUGGCAUGACAGCGGAAUCCUCAGCCUACAGGGCCCUCGCGCGGCUCCCCAAACUGAGGCAGCUGACGCAUUUUGGCAUUAGAAGAGCGGACUCCUUUGAGCCUCUGCUCUCCUCCCUCGCUGACAGACCCCAACUACUACACCUAGACAUUGAUGGGGGAAGUAUCAGUCUGGCAGAAACCCGCCAGCUGAUUCGACUCCAAAGCUUAGUGCACUUGAAAUGCUUCUGCUCCACGGUUCAGUGUGUGGCUAUGCUCGCCCGACUCUCGCAACUGGAGGAGCUCUGUCUGUGGAUGUCCAGUCCAUUGGACGUGUCGGACGCCCUGCUGGGCAUAGUUGCCAGUUGCGGGAGGUUGAAGUUGCUGAGGCUCGCAGUGGGAAAUGUCAACAAGGAUUUCUUCAGCAAGGCCACAGAAUUGAGUCGGUCUAAAAAAAUAGCGAUGGGGGCAAUCCAAGAGCCGCCUCUAAAACUAGAGAUUCCAAUGGCGUGUCAAAAGCAAACAAUUGCUGCAGAGAACUUUUCAAUCGAAAGAGAACUGAAUACCUGGACUACAUUUUAAACCGUUUUAUGGCAUCUCAAAAAAUGUUUUACUGAACCGAACACUGCUGCACAUGGAUCAAAUUAAUACUCUAACUGUUGCCACACUUGGAAACUCAUUUAUUUAAAUGCAAGCACUACACUAUACACUAUACACUAUAAGAGAUAUAAAGUCAGAUUUAUUAAUUGUCGUGCCGCCGUUUUCUUUUACUCUGAUCUUCGCUCUAUUUUUCGGUGAUGGACGACGCGACUUCGUGACAAUUUAUAUUCGUUUCUUAGAAAUAUCGAUAGCUGGCUGAUAAGUUUAGAGGUGGGAACAUGUGACAGUUUGAAAUUU